UUUUCAGUGGCCCAAGGGCCCAUCAGGGUUUAACCCGUGAUCCUCACCCAUUCCUUCAUUGCCACACAAACACCUAACGCCACUCACUGCAAUUCUCUUCUUUUCGUCCUUACUUAUUUCACUGUCUAUAAUGUAAAUGGCACUUCAAUGACUCUAUCUCUCCGACACAGAACCAUAACCUCCUCCAACGUUCGACCUUUAACUUUGUUCCUACGCCACCACACAGAUUCACAAUUACCUUAUGGCCCCUGCUGCGUCUUCUCCACCACCAAGCUUCGCUCUCUCCAUCAGAGACGACCACCGCAAAGACGAGGAGAGCAAGUGCGCUUACCUUGUGGUAGCUCUCUGCCCUUGUCUCGUUUGCUUCGUUCUUCUCUUAAUUGCACUUUCCAUCAUUCUCGUUGUCAAAUUCCAUUUCUUUUGCCACACCCCUCUCCACUCCUUACUCUACAAAAAAAACUGCUUUCCGUUUUUGAAUAGUCCUAGGACAUUUGCUAGUAAUGCUGAUUCUGGGGUUGAGAAUGAUGAUGAUGAUGAUGAUGGUGGUGAUGGUGAUAAGGGUUAUGAUGGUAGAGGUGUUAGUGGUGAAUCAUGUGCAGAUCCUGUUGAGGUUGAGAGGGUAUGCAAGGUGAUUGAUGAAUUGUUUGCGUUGGAUAGGAACAUGGAGGUUGUUCUUGAUGAAUGUGGGGUUCGGUUGUCCCAUGAUUUGGUUGUGGAUGUGCUGCAAAGGUUCAAGCAUGCUAGGAAGCCGGCCUUUCGGUUCUUUUGUUGGGCUGGGAAGAGGCCUGGGUUUGCUCAUGAUUCUAGGACUUAUAACUUCAUGAUGUGUGUUCUUGGGAGGACUAGACAGUUUGAGACCAUGGUGGCAAUGCUUGAGGAAAUGGGUGAGAAGGGCCUUUUGACAAUGGAGACUUUCUCCAUUGCUAUCAAAGCCUUUGCUGAAGCAAAGCAAAGGAAAAAGGCAGUUGGGAUCUUUGAUCUGAUGAAGAAAUAUGGGUUUAAGGUGGGUGUUGAUGUGAUUAAUUUCUUGCUUGAUAGUCUCAGCACCGCAAAGCUUGGUAAAGAAGCACAAGCUGUUUUCGAGAAGCUGAAAGAUAGAUUUACACCUAGUUUGCAAACUUACACCAUACUUCUUAGUGGUUGGUGCAGGUUAAAAAACUUGCUGGAAGCAGGGAGGGUGUGGAAUGAGAUGAUUGAUAGGGGAUUUAACCCUGAUGUUGUUGCACAUAAUGUUAUGCUUGAAGGAUUGUUGAAGUGUAAGAAGAAGUCUGAUGCCAUCAAGUUGUUUGAAAUCAUGAAGGCCAAAGGUCCUUCACCCAAUGUUCGGAGUUAUACAAUUAUGAUACAGGACUUCUGCAAACAAAAGUUGAUGGGAGAAGCUAUAGAAUAUUUUGAUGUAAUGGUAGAUCGUGGGUGUCAACCUGAUGCUGCACUUUACACGUGUUUGAUCACUGGGUUUGGGAGGCAGAAGAAAAUGGAUAUGGUAUACAGUCUACUGAAGGAAAUGAGGGAAAGAGGUUGUCCACCUGAUGGAAGGACCUACAACGCUUUGAUAAAACUGAUGACUAGCCAACAUAUGCCAGAUGAUGCAGUGAGAAUAUACAAGAAGAUGAUUCAAAGUGGCAUCAAACCAACAAUUCACACUUACAACAUGAUAAUGAAAUCCUAUUUUGUGACAAAAAAUUAUGAAAUGGGUCAUGAGAUUUGGGAUGAGAUGCAUCAGAAGGGGUGCUGUCCUGAUGAUAAUUCCUACAUUGUAUACAUUGGUGGGCUUAUAAGACAGGACAGGUCUGGUGAGGCAUGCAAAUAUUUAGAGGAAAUGUUAGAGAAGGGAAUGAAAGCUCCGAAGCUUGAUUAUAACAAGUUUGCUUCUGAUAUUUCUAAGACUGGGAAUGCUGUCAUUCUUGAGGAGUUAGCUCGAAAGAUGAAUUUUGUUGGUAAGUUUGAAGUGUCUAAUGUCUUGGCUAGUUGGGCUGACAUGAUGAAGAAAAGUGCCAAGAGAAGAGAGCCUACAACAUCUGCUAGGCAAUUUACAUGAUUACUUGAUUGAGUUACAAUUGGCCAAGGACCCCUUUCGUCCAAGGUUGUUAUGGCAACACAAUCUCUGAGCUACUGAUCAUGUUUAGAUUCUAGUUUUUGUGUGAACUUCUUUUUUGUACCCCCGCUCCAUCUCAAAAAAAAAAAAAAACUAUUUAUUUUGUAUAUUGCUGUUGGUUGUGUGUAUAAUGGCAUGUACUAGUUUGAAUGAAACAUUCGGCUGAUCCUUCUUGAAGUCUUUGUCAAUUUGCUGUUUUACAUUGAAGCAGACAAGUGGUAACUACCACAUCACAUGACAAACUGGUUUACAUCAGAUUUUUUUGUUGUACUUUUAUUCAAUGAACCUAUGAGUUGAUUGGUAA